AUGGCAACGCCUGCUCAAGAUCUCGACUCUGGAUCGGUCUCGCAGCUCCCUACUACUACGGACGCAUCGACCUCAAACCCUGGGGAGCGUUCUGAUGUUGAGUUGAAAUUUGGCAAUGCACGUUUCGUUGUUGACUGCUCUGACAUUGAGCUUGCUCGAGACUUACGACUUCUUAGACGCGACAUUACCGUCCAGGUCGACGAUUCUUCAAAGAGGGACUACGGUUUAGUGUACAACCAAAACGGAAAUAUUUCUGUGGAUGAAUUUUCAUCUCAAAAGAACGCUCGAAAUCUGUGUAAAGAAUUCGCGAUUAAGUCUGGAUUCCAAUUAUUUGUAAAGCAAACCAGUGUCAAGAGCAACAACUCCGGGAACGCAAAGUAUCAGUGCAAGAAACUCAAUGGUGUCCAGUUUUUUGACCGCAAGACGCCAUUGGACAAUUUAGAGUGCCCAUUUUUCAUCAACGUCUACGGCAAAAAUGGCAACACCUUGCGUUGA